AUGGUUCAUCACCAAAGUGACCUUAUUGGUGACCUCAAAGAACGAAAUAUUCUCCAAGAAAGACGAAUAUCAGAACUAGAAGCUGCCCGACAUACACAAGACAACAUCUGCGAUGAGAUGAAAAUCCGACUGGAGAAAACAGAAUCUAGAUUACACAGCCACUUUUCUGUGUCUUCAGGUCCUACCAACAUUACAACAAAAUCACCUGAAGAAGAUAUCCCCGAUGGAAGAAUAGUUAGAUCAGGACGUCUUCUGAUGAAUACCAUUAGCAAUGGAAUGCCAUCGUAUGAGGAGGGCGUAAUAGCUUUUUAUGCCCAGAUGUCCUCAUCAGAAAUAAGUCCAGGCGCUCACCAUACGCUCAUCUUCGAUAAAGUACGCACUAAUGUUGGCAACGGAUAUAAUGGAGUCACAGGGGUCUUUACUGCACCAAACGAGGGAAUCUAUGCAUUUAUCUGGGUCAUUAGAAUGCUUAAUGCCGAACAUUCCACAGAGUUAAUGAUUAACAACGAUAUCUUAGGUGCUACAUUUUUGCGCGCCAAAAACAAUGACGACGGAUCAGUGAGCGGCACCGCUAUUGCGCAUGUCGCGAAAGGAGAUGUUGUAUUCGUGCGCAUCCAUUCCACGUAUGCUGGGGAUGGCAACGUCUUUAGCAAUCUGCAUGGCAAGCCAACAUUUUCCGGGUGGUUACUGCACUAG